CUUCAGGAUAGACCGGUUGUACCGCACAGCCUCAUCAUGUGAUCCGUUUUGGAGACGCUGAAGUGGGGCUGGUGCGUAAUGCAGGAAAGCAGCGUGAUUCCGACUGAAAGUGCUCCUCACACACACCAGGCUUCGAAGUUGUGUUGAAUUUGUUAAAUCGGUUCAAUCUCGCUGCUUUUUUUCGUUUGGUUUUCUCUCUUCUCGUCGUCUUUACCCCUGAACUGACUGAGGAAAUCUGUCUCAUUUCAUUGAGGUGCUUCUGGGGAUCUGUGGGAGAAGUCUGCAUGACAAGAGAGCCGCUCAGAGACAACUUUAGAGAGCAAGAAUGAAAAUAAGAUGUGCCUUCUACAUACAUAGAUUGAGACACAGGUGCUUCCUGUUUUCUCUGUCUCUGCUGGCGGUGUGUCUGCUCAAGCUGGUCUACAUUAAAGUGACGGUGAGGGACAGCAUCUACAUCGAGCCCUAUGGGAUCACUCUCAGCUUGUCCCGAGUCCACAACCGCAGGUAUGACAUCAACUGCACGGCCAUCUACGAGCUGGACCCUGUGGAGAUAGGCAAAGCUCUUGAGAUAAAACAGAAAACCAUUGUUGAGGCGGAUGAUGAUAGCGCUGUGAGUUUCACCUCGGACUGUCAAACAUUUAUCAAGACGAGAGGGUAUAAUGAGGUGCCGGUAUCGGAUGCAGAGCGGAGCUUCCCACUGGCUUACUCUCUGGUGGUGCAUAAGAAUGCACCCUUGGUGGAGCGUAUUCUUCAUGCCAUCUAUGCACCUCAAAACAUCUAUUGCAUUCACUAUGACCAGAAGUCCUCUCCAACGUUUAUAAAGGCAAUUAAAAACCUGGCUAAGUGUAUGGAAAAUGUGUUCAUUGCAUCAAAGUUGGAGUCUGUGGAAUAUGCCCACAUCAGCAGGCUUAAUGCCGACCUAAACUGCCUCUCUGACCUGCUGAGGUCACAGGUCAAGUGGAAGUACGUCAUCAACUUGUGCGGCCAGGACUUUCCUCUCAAGUCAAACCAUGAACUGGUGACGGAGCUGAAGCGGCUGAAUGGCAGUAACAUGCUGGAGUCCAGCCGGCCCAGUGAACUCAAGAAACAGCGCUUCAGCUUCCAGCACGAGCUGAAAAAUGUGCGUUAUGAAUACCAUCGUAUUCCCGUCAAAACCUCAGCGGCCAAAGACGCCCCCCCUCACGGUAUCGAGAUGUUCAUCGGCAGUGCAUAUUUUGUCUUGUCGUGGGACUUUGUGAAUCAUAUUAGCAGCAGCCAGGUGGCGAAGGACUUUCUGACGUGGUCCGCUGACACGUACUCACCAGAUGAACACUUCUGGGCCACCCUUGUCAGGGUCCCUGGGGUGCCAGGACACAUUCCCAGGUCUGAAGCGGAUGUUACAGAUCUGAGGAGUAAGACACGGCUAGUCAAGUGGAACUAUUUAGAAGGAAACCUUUACCCAGCCUGCACAGGUACGCACAUGAGGAGUGUCUGCAUCUACGGAACCGCUGAACUUCGCUGGCUCCUCAAUUUUGGCCACUGGUUUGCUAACAAAUUUGACCCCAAAGUGGACCCGAUCCUGAUUAAGUGUUUGGAGGAGAAGCUGAUGGAAAAACGUCGAUAUAUACACACACAAUACUGAAGAGAAGAGGAAAUGUGACUGGGAGGGGGGAGAGUUGUUCCAGAGUUGGGGCAAAGGUGCAAAAUUAAGAAAGGGAAAAGGGAACGGAAUAGAUCUGCUCAAUCACUGUGCUUAAUUACAAUGGUACAUGCUGUUUACAGACUACUUUCAUUGUCUUAAACUCUACUACCUAUUUCACUUAGUAUAUUGAAAUUGUUAUGAUUCUCGUUGGAAGGUUUUGCAGGUCAUAAAAUGCAUUGCCAUAGUUUAGACUACCUGACACUAUAAGGAGAGGCACCAUCUGAACCACCUGCAGCAUUCAGACACCGCACCAACAGUGCAUCAGUGAUUUAACACUGUGAAAGAGACUGUUCUUCAACAUAUACAUUCUACUAAUAUUUCUAAAUACUCAUUGCUGGACUUUCAAUGACUUAUUAUUUUUUUUAAUUCUCUAUCCAUCUCUGCCAAAUGAUUUCAUUCAUUGUAAUCAUCAUCAGUGUGUAACUUUCACUGAGCACACAAGGCUUUUAAUCAGCGUCAGAAGGAAGUGAAAUAAGUGCCUAUGUCCACAGGAAUAAUGGAUUAUUUCAGGAAAUGCCACCCUAAAAACAAAUGCCACUUCAUAUCACACCCAAAUGUAGUCUCCAUGUGUUCUUGAGUUUGUUUCAGAGUCUACUCGUAAAGUAGAAAUGCCAAAGACUCAUGUUGUUCUCAUGUGAUCUGUAAAUGUAUUGCUGUUUGUCAUGAAGGAAUCAGGAAUUGAUUUGAAAAAGUCUAGAUUAAUAUGAGAGGUUGUGAUCUUUAGUGGUUUAUUUAUUCCUGAAUAAAAUUUUGA